AUGCCACGACCGCAGAAAACUGCUGCUGCCGCUACAGCCACUACAGCAGCCGCUACAGCUACUGCAGUAGCCGGCAAAGUUGCCCAAGCCGCAGCAAUUGCCACUAAAGCUGCUGCCUCUGCCGCUGCAGUUACUGCAACAGCCGCUAUAGCUGUCGCAACCACAGCAAUUGCUGUUAUAGCUGCUAACCCUGUCACUACAGCUGCUGAUGCUGCUGCUACACCUUCCGCAUCAGCCGCAACCGCCGCUACAGCUGCAGCCACUGUCGCUACAGCCACUGCAGCUGCUGCUACAACUGUCGCUGCCGCCGCAACUGCCGCUACCACUGCUGUUGCUUCCGCCACAGCUGCUGCAACUGCCACUGCUACUGCCGCAGCCGCCCCGACAGCCGCCGCUACCGCCACUGCAGCCACUGCUCCGGCCACUGCUGCAGCUGCCGCUACUUCCACUUCUUCCGCAACUACCGCCGACUGUGCCUAG